CGCAAUGUGUUUCCCAUGGCCCUGCCUGCUUGUAGGGUCUGUUUGGUGUUGUUGUUGUUGACACGUUAAGUGGGCGAAAGAAAGAGUUAAAGAAGUUAAUAUAAGCCUGUGUCUGUCGCAUGAGGUAACUGGGUGAGCCCCUCCCUGCAAUGAGAGCUGACGACCAGGUCACCAGCCCCCCCUCCUUCUGCAGUUGAUGGAUCUGCAGCUGGUUCAGAGAUGACAGACAGCGUCAGGGCCUUCCUCCGCAAUGUUGCGACGGGGAUCAAAGACUCCAUAUUGGGGAUUGGAACAAUUUCCAAGCUGGAUGCCCGCAUCCAGCAGAAAAGGGACGAGCAGCGGAGGAGAAGGGCCAGCGGGGCGCUGGCACAGAGACGGGCACAGAGUGAGGAGCGCAAACCGGACAAUGACCCCAAAGUAGCCAGCAGGAUUUUUCAGUGCUGUGCCUGGAAUGGAGGAGUGUUCUGGCUCAGUCUGUUUCUCUUCUACCGGGUAUUUAUACCACUGCUGCAGACUCUCACAGCAAAAAUCAUCGGUGACCCCUCCCUCCACGGCAGUGUGUGGUCCUGGUUAGAGUUCAUCCUGACCUCCGUCUUCAGUGCUCUCUGGGUUCUCCCUCUGUUCGUCCUCAGCAAGAUAGUCAACGCCAUCUGGUUCCAGGAUAUAGCUGACCUAGCGUUUGAAGUGUCUGGAUGUAAAGCGCAGUCGUUCCCCAGCGUCAGUAAGAUCAUCGCAGACAUGCUCUUUAACCUUCUUCUCCAGGCCCUCUUCCUCAUUCAGGGCAUGUUUGUUAGCCUCUUCCCCAUCGAUGCCAUUGGACAGAUGGUUAGCCUCCUCCACAUGUCUCUGCUCUACUCCCUGUACUGCUUUGAGUAUCGCUGGUUCAACCAUGGCGUUGAGAUGCACCAACGGCUGUCAAACAUCGAGAGGAACUGGCCCUAUUACUUUGGCUUUGGUUUACCCAUGGCGCUGCUGACCUCCCUGCCCUCCUCAUACAUCAUCAGUGGCUGCUUGUUCUCCAUCCUCUUCCCUCUAUUCAUCAUCAGCGCUAAUGAGGCCAAGACACCAACAAAGCUGUACCACUUCCAGCUACGCCUCUUCUCCCUGGUUGUGCUGAUCAGCAACAAGCUGUUCCACAAGACGGUCCACCUGCAGUCCUCCCUGACGUCGUCCGCCUCCUCAGAGAGGCUGUCGUCCCCCCACACCUCCCCGACCCGCCAGAGACCCCUCCCCACCCACUGAUGGAUAGGAGAUAGGGGAGCAAGUUGAUGAGUGGCUUCGCCCAGUGUCAAACAGUGAUGCUUCUCAGAUGGAUUUCCCUUUUAUUGAAGAUGAUAUGUGGUGUAGGACAAAGGGUUUACAUAUUUGUUUGUUUUUUAAUCUGAACCCUGUCCCUUUUGGUUAUUCAUAUGCCCACCAGACACAUUUUAUAGUGUGACACAAAAAUCGACUGCCCUUGUGCCUCACACUCAAAACACAUUAUAUACUCAGCUCUUGACUUGAUUUUUUUUCUUUUGUGAAUUUUCUUUCGCUCUUUUUUUUUUUGUAUAAUGUGCCAUUUGAGUGAUUCUCCUUUUAAUAAAUUACAGCACAAGAAAUCAUGUAGUUUUUCAAACUUGUGACGAAAGGAUUUUUUUCAACUGAAAGGGCUUGUUUGCCUUCAGAAGCAAAGCACAGUCUCGUUUUGCCUAGAGUACAUGUUUUCUUGAUGCUGGAAGUCACGUUCCUUCCUCGCAGAUUGAAUGUGUUGAAUGGUGUCCCGGAAUAACCUUGUAUAGUUAAAAGGCAGGCUUUUUUUUUUAUUUUUAUUUUUUUAAAUCUGUAAGAGCUUUGUUUUAGUAGAAUAUACAAAUCAGUUCAGGAGCUGCUACACAAAAAAGGAUUGGAGACCUUUGUAAUGGAAACUAAUAACAAAGUCACUGUUGUCGUGUGUGUCGAUGAAAAGGUUAGCUUGGUGUCUGAUCCCAAAUGAAGUCUCACUCCACUGUCGGAGGACAACUGUGUACAUGUUGCGUUUUUAGUCUGUGUGAAUUGAAUAGGUCAUAGGUGAGAUGACACUGCCAAACUGUUGCAUCUAUGUUUUGUUCAUGUCACUUUGACCACUACAAUGCUACUGUAGGCUCUGUAAUAGAUAAGGCUGGGCAUCGUUUUCAUUUGAACAAUUCGGAUUCCAAUUCGGAUUCUUUCUUUCUAAUCCGGUUCUUAUCGAUUCUCGAUUCCGAUUCUUGUGACGGGUGGAGUUGGAACCGGUCACAUGCUUAUUUGACGCUCAUUUGAUGAUAUUGAUGCUUAUUUUGUGCUCGGAUUCCAACCAAAUUACCCAAACGGAAUGGAAUCGUUUAUUUUUUUUAUUUUUAUUGGAAUCGUUUUUAAAACGAUUCCAAGUUUGAGCCGGUACUCAAUGCCCAAUCCAAGUAAUAAUGGAGUCACAUAGUUAAAGUCUUUGUAUCUUAACAAAAUGGGUGAUCAGCCUUGACCCGCUCGCUCUAGUUUUCCCCUAGAGAGCUGAAGCGAAUAUAAUUGGUCCCUACAGACCAUGGGCUGUGUGAUUUCUGUGCUGUAUAUAAUGUCAAUACAUCCUGAAUGUGCAACCCAGAAGCCCACCACCAUGCAGCUACCCAUUCACCAACCUUUCUCUCACUCAGUCAUCACAGCUCAUGGCCAUGGGG